CUGAUGCUGAUGCUGGUGAUGCGAGAAUAAUUUCACUCCGGAGGCAAGCUUUCGAACGGACCGAGAUUGCGAUGAUGGACUUCACAUUUAGGAUAAAAUAAGCAAACGCAAAAUCGAAUCAACCGCCUAGAGCAGAAGCGAACAUUUAACGUUACUCAAAUUGCAACCUAAUAGUAGAGAAAUAGAUGAGAGUGAGACCCUGGAUCGGAUCCAUCCUACAAUCGCUGGAGGGCUGGAUGAGAAAAUUCCUGUCUUCCAUUUCGUAGAAAUCUUCCCUCCAACUGUCAGCUACCUACUGGGUGCAGCACUCUAGAGAUCUUCAAUAUGGAGAGAACUGCCAUUUCCUCUUCACUGCUCGCAGUCUGUUUCGUUUUGGCUGUGUGUCGCUGUUCCCUUGCAGCUCCCUUCUGCCCUGCCCAGUGUGUCUGCGAGACCCGCCCAUGGUACACGCCUCAGUCGGUCUACCACCAAGCCAAGACUGUUGACUGCAACGAGCUCCAUUUGAGCAAAAUCCCAUGGAAUAUUUCAGUCGAUACUCAGGUGCUGCUUCUUCAGAGCAACAAUAUCUCCAGGGUAACCUCAGAACUCCAGAGCUUGGUAAACAUUACAGAACUGGAUCUCUCCCAGAACCACUUCACACAAAUCCAAGACGUUGGCUUGAGUAACCUAAGCCAGCUGGUCACACUUUACCUUGAGGAAAACCAAAUUAAAGAGCUGCCUGAUAUGCGUCUAAAGGACCUAGUCAACUUAGAGGAGCUUUAUAUUAAUCAUAAUCAGAUAUCUUCUAUUGGUCCUAAUGCGUUUUCAGGCUUGGGGAACCUGUUGAGGCUUCACCUUAACUCCAAUAAGCUUGUGGCGAUAGACAGUCAUUGGUUUGAGUCCCUACCCAACCUUGAGAUCCUAAUGAUAGGGGAAAAUCCCAUUCUCGGAGUGCAAGAUAUGAACUUCCACCCCCUCUCUAAAUUGCACAGCUUGGUUCUCGCGGGAAUGGGGCUCAGGGAAAUACCCGAGGGUGCUUUCCAGGGAUUGGACAAUCUCGAGAGUCUCUCGUUCUUCGAAAACAAGCUCACGGCCGUGCCAAAGAAAGCCCUGAGCGUUCUGCCGAGCCUCAAGUUUCUCGACCUUAACAAGAAUCCCAUUGUCCGUAUACAGGAAGGUGACUUCCGAGACUUUCCCCACUUAGAGGAACUCAGUCUGAACAACAUGGAUGAGCUUGUGGCGGUUGAGAGGGGCGCGUUCUCUAACUUACCACAAAUGGCCAAAUUGGAGCUCUACAACAACCCUCACCUGUUCUUCAUAGACCGAGCCGCUUUCCUGAAAAUGCGUGGCAUGCGCACCUUACUGUUCCACAGUAACGACCUCAUGCUUUUGCCCCAUGAGAUUUUUUCAGCUUUCCCCAGUCUGGAUGAAAUCAGUCUUCAUGGCAACCCACUCAGGUGCGAUUGUCUCGCCAACUGGUGGCCCGUCCUGGGCAACCAAUCAAGCCUCAAAGUUCUGGAGCCCCAAAUAACUCUUUGUGCCUCCCCGCCACAUCUUGUUGGCCAAUCCCUUCAGGAAGUGGUAUCUGCAAGUUGGAAUGGGGCAAGCAAUACCUGCCUGCCUCUAAUUUCUCAGCAAGCCUUCCCGCCGCAGCUCAACGUCACCUUAGGACAGCUUCUAACGCUCAACUGCUGGGCCGUGGCAGAUCCAGCACCUCAGUUUUACUGGGUGACACCCACCGGAGACAAAGUCACUUCUGAAGCUGUUUCACCGUCCUCGAAUGAUGGAGGAGGAAUACCGAAGAAGCAUCGGAUGCAAGAACAAGGUGCUCUAGAGAUCCCACAUGUUGAACCCGAGGAUGCUGGUCUCUACACGUGUGUUGCUUGGAAUGCAGAGGGAGCCGACACCCGGAGUGUCUCUGUGUAUGUGGAUAGGAGCAACUGGCAUGGUGGGCACCCUAUUGGAGCUCAUCAAGGGGUGCUGAACACCACGGGAUCCUUGGUAAUCCUUGCAAAAAUCGUCCAUGCCCAGUCUGUGGUGCUCGAAUGGAAGGUGCACCCAUCCGCCGCCUCUUCCAACCAUGAGGUGUCACAACCCAAGUGGCUCAGCGCUACGGUAAAAAUCGACAACCCGCAGAUCAGCUACACAGCGAUGGUCCCCGUAGAUGUCCAAGAGUAUAACCUCACACACCUCCUGCCUUCCACGGAGUACCAAGUUUGCCUGACCAUGGCUGGUACCGAGCAGACCCAGCACUCUUGCAUUAACGUGACCACCAAAGAAGCCAGCUUUGCUGUGGAGAUGGUUGCCCAACCGACCAACGUAGCCCUGGCGGCGGUCAUGGGCUCAAUGUUCGCCAUCUGCAUCAUGGCUCUGUUGGUGUUCUACAUGGGACGCCGCAUGAAGCAGAAAUCUUGUCACCACUCUCUCAAGAAAUACAUGCAGCACACCACUUCCAUUCCUCUGAACGAACUCUACCCACCACUUAUUAACCUCUGGGAGAAUGAGACGGAAAAAGAAAAAGAGGGCACCGCUGACCCUCAGAACUCACAGAUAGACACUUCAAAAACAUACAUGUGGUAGCUGCACGGCAGAAAGUAUAUAGAAGAGACAUUUUAAACAGUAUCUGUACUGUCUUGUACAUAAACGAGAAUUAUGUAUUAUUGAUUUGUCAUUGUGAAAGACAUAUGUAUUUUUAGAUUGUACCCUUCAAUGCCAAGCACACUUGGUUGCAGUUGUGAUUUGUUAGACAGCCAACAGACGUGGGCAGCAAAACACACUCUAUGCUUUUGCAUUGCAUUGUAUUUUCUGAGACUAAUUUAACGUUAAGCAUGCCAAUGUGUUAAUAAUUCAUAUAAUUUAUUCAUUCUAUAUCAGCACUAAGCAACCUACUACACUAACACAGAUCAACACUAUUUAUAUCGCCUCACACAUAUCAAAUGCAGUCAUACAUGACAUCCGAUUCUGGAGUUUUUGCAUGGAAUUUUUUGCAUGAUAUUUUGGUGCUAACAGGGAGUUUUUUUCCUAGUUGUCUCACUUCUAAAAAUACCCAGGCGUGAGAAGGUGACGUACGCGUGCUCGUUGCUCUCAUUUGUCUUCAGCUCGUCACAUUUUAUCACCUGCAUUGUAAUGAAUAUAAAACCUAAACCAAACCUGCCAGGUGCUAUGAAGUUGCUGUUACUGCAAACUAAUUAGCUGGCAUAUGUAAUUAAUAUCUGGAACACAACUGCGCAGCUGUGCUUAUUUAUUCUUGCAUUGUUAAAUAACUAUUUAUUGAGGAGUGUGUAAAAAUGGCUGUGUUUAUUAGCACUGACUGAAAAAUUUAUUUCAUAUUUGAUAGAAAAAGAAAUCAUUAGACUAUAACGAUCAUGUGGUUCAAACGCCUGACAUUUACUUGCAGACAUUCACCAUUGCUAACAAUGAUGGGGCCGUUCUAUGCGCUUGCCGUUUUGAUUACCGAGAGAUUGCUUCAGUUCUCAGUUAAACAUGUUGCCAAACUCAAUAUUCACACAAUUCAGUCUUGGUGUGGUAAAUUAGGUAACAAGUGUGUGUAGAGAAUGAGAAUUGAAUCGAAUAAGAAUAAAAAAAGAAUCAAUGUUGUUUUUCUCCUCACAUAGAUUAAUUAAUCCUUAAAAUACAAAAGGACCAUGAAAACAAUAUUUAAUUCAUUUUUAAGGUUUUGACAUGUUUAAACCUGUGAGAUUUGUGCAUAAUCCUGCAUCAUAUCGAUUAAUACAAAUGUUAUGCAAAACACAUGCUCAUGUAUUGUUGUUCUGUUGUGUAGGCCUAUCAGCAACUGACAUGUAUCCAGGUAUUGAUGAAUAUAACCAAAUUAAAUCAUAUAUUAAGUGUUCAACGGUUUACCUUUACAGGUGCACUCAGUAAUUUUUUUAAAUGUUGC